AUGUGGUUCGUUCCAAUAGCACUCGCGUUCACCCUGUUCUCCGGCGCACUCGCCGAAGAUGUUACACAGAAAACCGACAGGACCGAUUACAAAAGAUCCUUAGGCAAGGACUGCAACACUUCCUAUUCCACGACAUGCUUGAAGCUGGAUAUAGUCAGUUGGGUGGACAAAAUGAACGAAAACGACAACGUCAGUGUGUUUCCCGGUGUAACGAUAGUGCGAGAAAACGGCAGUGCACGGAUCAACACAGCUGAUAUAGUAGCUGAUUUGGCCAGGGAUUUCCCCAACGACCACGACGCCCGACUCGACGCCUUUCUCAUUCGAAAAGUCCACGGGUUCCUCAACAGCCAUUCGGUAAAGCUCAACCUCUUCGACCAGGAGAGCGCCGGGUCGGCGCGUAAGGGAGGCGGCGGCGGAGGCGGCGGCGGCAAGAAAGGCGGCGGCGGAAUGGGCAUGAUUAUCGCCGCGGCUGCUAUGAUGAAGAGUACUUUGUUGGCGUUAGCUCUGGGAGCUCUGGCUGCGCUGGCCGGUAAAGCUUUGAUGACGGGUCUCAUUUCGCUGCUACUUUCAGCUAUUAUUGGUUUGAAAUCGCUGUCAGGAGGCGGCGGGAAGACCACUUACGAAGUUGUCUCGAAGCCUGUGUAUAGUCAUAGUAAUUCGCAUUCGACGGGUCACGAGGAUUACCACCAUGGUGGGCAUUCGGGGUACGGAAGGAGUUUUGAUAUGCCUCUGCCUCUAGGACUCCAACCGGAAUAUAAACCAGCUCUUGGUCCAGCGUUAAUUAACAAAAUGUGGUUCGCUCGGUUGGCAGUAUGCUUGACAAUCGUAGUCGUUUCGCUUGCCGAAAAUCCAUCAGAUUUCCGGCGAUCGCUCGGUAAGAAUUGUGACAAAUCCUACACGCCGGCCUGCCUGAAGCUGGACGUCAUCGGCUGGGUGGACAGUUUGGGCGAGAAGCAGAACAUCGACUUGAUUCCCGGUGUAAAAAUAGUGCGUGAGAACGGCUCGCCCAAAGCCGCUAACGCCGAUAUCGUGGCCGAAUUAGGCAGGGAGUUCCCGAACGAUCCGGACGCCAGGUUGGACGGCUUCCUGUCGAAGAAAGUCCAGAACUUCCUGGGCAGCCACUCGCUCAAGCUUCACUUCGCCGAAGACGAUGAUAACUCGGUGACUGCUCGUAAGAAGAAAGGAAAAGGAAACGGCAUGGGAACGAUUUUCGCGUUGAUGGCGAUGAUGAAAAGCACGUACUUCGCCCUUGCCUUGGGAGCUUUAGCUGGUCUUGCCGGUAAAGCUUUAACCACCGGUAUCAUUUCUCUUGUUCUCUCCAUGAUUAUCGGUCUUAAAUCGCUUACGAGUGGUGGAGAUAAAACUACCUACGAAGUAGUAUCGAAGCCUGUUUACACGCAUUCCAGUUCCCAUUCAUCCGGCCAUGAAGAUUACCAUCACAGCGGACAUGGCAGGAGCUUCGAGCAACCUUUACCGUUGGGAUUACAACCAGGAUACAAUCCUGCUUAG